AUGGAGUCCAAGUGGUUCUUUAUUGUAUUAGUAGCACUCAUUAUAGUGCUCCCCAACAUCGCGAGUCCUAGCCGAAAGAGCAUUGCGAUCACAAAUGAGGAGCCAAAGAUAGAUAUUUACCAUCUCAAGGAUAGAAAUAUAAUGUCCGACGAGAAGGUUAAUAUAGCGUCAAUUCUAUCACAGUCACACUCAAGCAUUCUUUCACAUUCGAGCAGUUCCUCAUCAUCAUCAUCUUCAUCAUCAUCCUCAUCCUCAUCAUCCUCAUCUUCAUCAUCCUCCUCUUCCAGCUCAAGCUCAUCAUCUAGCAGCAGCAGCAGCAGCUCGUCUUCCAGCUCCAGUUCAUCAUCCAGCUCAUCCAGCAGCAGCUCGUCCUCAAGCAGCUCAUCGUCGAGCUCUUCAUCGUCGAGCUCGUCAUCGUCGAGCAGCUCAUCGUCGAGCAGCUCAUCGUCGAGCAGCUCAUCGUCGUCAAGCUCAUCUAGCAGCUCGUCGUCGUCAUCAUCGAGCUCAUCAAGCAGCUCAUCGUCGAGCAGCUCUUCAUCAAGCAGCAGCAGCUCGUCGUCAUCAUCGAGCUCAUCAAGCAGCAGUUCUUCAUCAAGCUCAUCAUCCAGCUCAUCUUCAAGCAGCUCUUCAUCCAGCUCAUCAUCCAGCUCAUCAAGCAGCAGCAGCUCUUCAUCCAGCUCAUCGAGCAGCUCAUCAUCAAGCAGCAGCUCGUCAAGCAGCUCAUCUAGCUCAUCAAGCAGCAGCUCGUCUAGCUCUUCCAGCAGCUCGUCAAGCAGCUCAUCUAGCUCAUCAUCAUCAUCAUCAUCAUCCAGCUCUUCAUCGUCAAGCAGCUCAUCGUCGAGCUCAUCGAGCAGCUCCUCCUCCUCCUCCUCCUCAUCAUCAUCCUCAAGUAGCUCGAGCUCAUCAUCCUCCAGUUCAAGUGGGUGU